UUGGGUGUUUGCUGUGGAGGGCUCUGUCCUAACUUAUUUUCUUGAUUCUCUCCUUGGUCUUUUCUUUCAAUUUUAAUUUCUGUGGUGGAGGGUUAAUGCACUGAUUUUUGUUUUAGCGGUACCCACUGUUCUUUUCAAAGGGUGGAAGAGGACAGAGUUUUAGUUUCCUGGCGGUUUGGAAGGUGUGGUGUGCGUGAUGACUUCUCAGCCUAGCGCGGAGGAGACUCUGUCGACACGGCAUGGAUUCAGGUGUGUUCCUGAGAAUGGAGUUAAGGUGGAGGAGGUUCUGCUCGCUGUCGGUGAACAGCUGUCCUUCCUCUCUCUCCUCGGAUGCUAAGUGUGUGACUGUGAGUGAGUUGGCUCGGCCCUCCCUCACGCAUCUUUGGUUCAUUGGUUGACACUGCGUGUCUGAUUGACAGGAACAACAGAUUUGUCUCUUCUGAUAUGCGAGUCGGCUCCCAACGUUCACCUACAAGAGCCGGCUCUUCGCAAACGACCCAUCACUACAAGACUUCUAUUCUACUGAAUGGAAACUACAAGUGUUAUUGCUGUGCUCAAUGUCAUGGCAUUUACAAACGUAGAUCCUUCUAACACCCUCAAACAGGGAAACAGAUCCCAAUCAAAGGUGCUAUCAUGCUCCACCAAGGCAGUUAUUUAUCUUAUAACUUGUCCUUGUGGUAAAAAUGAUGUGGGUGGAACUAAGAGCGAAUUAACUCGAUGUACCCAGUUGCGGCCCACUUUUUGGAAGCGGACCACUCUAUUUCGUCCCUUCGCUAUAUCAACAUCUAACACGUCCCCUAGGAGAGGUGGAGACCUUGACAAUUUAUUGUUAAAAGGAGGGGCUGCCUAGAUAUUUAAUUUAAAGACACUUGCUCCCUUUUGUCUCUACAUAGACUUUGACCUGAAGCCAUUCUUGUGAUUAUUGUGAUUUUUCUAUUCAUUGUAAAUGUUUUGUAGGCCUAUGUAGCCACAUUGUAUUUAUGAUCGUAUAUCCAUUCAUGCUUUUUAUAUGUUCUAUUUAUAUCUGUAUAUCAACCAGUGACAUCAAGCCACGCCCGGCCAUGAUUACAGACACCUGUGUGUCCUUCCAAAUUAUAUAAAUUAGUAACCCGCAGUGUUUGUCAUUAUACCCUGAUGAAGACAGCUUGUCUGGUGAAACGUUGGUUAUUAAAUUGUUGCAUCUGCGCUCUUAGAGUGUGAGGCUCUCGUUUUCUUUAUCGGGUAGUCAUGGUUACCACGAAUCUGAAGAUGUUCAAAUUCUGAGUAGACUGUGAGUGUGCAUGGGCAGUUAGUACAGUAUGGAGGAGUUCCCAGAGAGCUUUAACCAGCUGGAACUGCUGAAGACCCACGACCACCUGAUCCCCCGCGGAGCAUGCAGCCUCUGGCCGGGAGACGAAGGAGAGGAAGAGGAGGAGGGGGAAAGGAGUGAAGAGUGGUAUCAGCAGAAGGAGGAGAAGCUGAAAGACCGACCGGAGGAGCUAAUGCUGUGGGCGGCAGAGAAUAACAGACUGCCAACGGUGAAGCGGCUGCUCUCGGUCGACCCCUUGCUUGCGCAUUGCCAGGACGAGGACGGCUAUACUCCGUUGCACCGUGCGGCCUACGGAGGUCACGCCGCCACGGCCUCUACCCUGUUGGCAGCGGGCACCGAAGUGAACUCCCGCACUGCCGACGGCUGGACACCCCUACACAGUGCCUGUCGUUGGGGCCAAGUUGCCACUGCGUCCCUCCUGUUGCGCCAAGGGGCGGAGUUGAACGCCCAGACCAACGGCGGCCUCACAGCGCUCCAUCUAGCUGCCUCCCACCCUGGACCGGGCUCUGCCCACACACUGGAGUUCCUCCUAUCGCAGCGCCACAUCAAGGCGGAGCUUCAGAGCAAUAGCAGGGAGACGGCUAGUGAAAUCGCGCGCCGAAGUGGACCGCAUCACUUCCUGUUUGAGAUGGUUGAGGACUGUAACAGUGUGCGGUCUCCCCGGUGACUCUACACACACACACACACACACACACACACACACACACACACACACACACACACACACACACACACACACACACACACACACACACACACACACACACACA